AUGAAAGAAUUUUGGGAGAGAUUAGGCUAUUAUCUUGUAGGGAUUGUAGAUGCUGUUGGACACAAGGGAGGAAUUUGGUUCCUCUCUGCUAAUUUAAAAUUUUCUUGUAAAAUUCUUUGGGCUAUGAAUCAAUGUGUAACUUUGGAAAUUGAUGGUGGUGGGCGAAGAUGGAUCUGCAGUGCGGUUUAUGGCAGCCCUCAAGCCACUAAUAGAGUAGAAUUAUGGAGUCAUCUGCUUGAUAUUGGUUUGUGCAUUCAGGACCCGUGGGUGGUGGUUGGGGAUUUUAAUGAUAUUUUGAGUGUUCAUGAGGUGAAGGGGGAAGCUUUUGUUGAAGUUCUCAGUUGUUCCCACUCUGAUCAUUGUCCCCUACUUAUCCGAUGUCAAGGAGUUCCUAUCAAGAAAGGAAACCGGCCUUUUAGAUUCCAAGCGGCAUGGGCAACGCAUCCUGAUUACAAGGCCAUUGUUCAGAAAUCUUGGGAUAGUACAGGCUUUGGCAUCCAUAGGAAGUUCCUGGGGGUCCAAGAAGCUUCGUUGGAAUUUAACUCUACGGUCUUCGGCAAUAUUUUUAUUAAAAAGAGGGAAUUGGAGGGUUAUUUGAAUCGUAUUCAACGAAAAAUGGAAGCUGACGAUGAUCCGAUUCUGAAGCACAAAGAGGAAGAAUUGAGAGCUGAGUAUAAUAUAGUUUUGGCCCAGGAAGAAUUACUUUGGUACCAGAAGUCAAGAGAUCAAUGA